AAAGAGUAGCCUAUCCGCAACGCCAAUUCGCCGCGCCGUCUGAACCUUCCACUUUUAUAAGCUACUCCUAAUCUCGGCGAAUUUCGUAGUCCAGUUUUUUUUAGUUUCAGACUUCUCCGAGUGAGCCUGGGGUGACGACAAACAAAGGCGAGACGCGCGGGUGGUUCGUAGGGCCUACGGGUAGUUCCGCACAUAUAAUUUCUUAGCCGCCUUAAAAUCAGUCGCCGCAGGCCGUUGCGUUCAUCCCUGUGUUUUAAGACGCGUCCAAACGCCAAGGCGAGACGCGCGAUACCGGGCCUGUCUAGCGGUUUGAGGCAUCUCCCAAGUGACGAGCCACGGGGAGAGUAAUUUCGUUUUGAGGUCGACUCACAUCGAAGACUAACAGGGAAGGAGCAUCGACGCAUAGUGAAGAGUUAGACGUCGUGCGUUCCCAUUUCAGUCGAGCAAAACACUCCAGCGUUGAAGUCCUUAUGCCACUAAUUUCGUUUUGAGACCUCUCAAAACGAGAUUACUAUCACACCGUUACAGUCGAGCUAGAGGCUCCAGCGUUGAGGUCCAAAAGGAGAGACAUAGCUUGACUGUCACAGCGUUGAGGUCCUUAUGGAGACAUCCUUCUUUAGCUGGGUUCGAGCAGAAGCCACCGCGAGACGAGGCGAACGACGGAGAGGGAGUGACCGGGCAGGGGACGGGCGAGGAGGUGGUAGAGGGGGCGGCACCAGGGGAGAAAGGGGGGGAGACAGGGGGGAAGGCAGGGGGCCAGCGCAAGCAGCAGGCACAGGGGGAGAAAGGGGGGGCGACAGAAGUGAAACCCCAGGAGACAGAGGGGGAGGCGGGGGGGAAGGCAGGGGGGCAGCACAGGCAGCAGGCGCAAGACCAGCAUCAUCAGCAUCGUCACAAUCAGCAGCUGGUUCCAGAAGCAACCCUAGGGCUCAUAGCAGCGGCGCACUGAGGCGAGCUGAGCGGUUUAAGGAGGAGGGCAACGAGCACUACAGCGCGGGGGAUAUAGCAGCAGCUAUAAAGUGCUACACCAAGGCAAUCGACCAUUGCCCAUCAGUCGCCACUUUCUGGACCAAUCGGGCGCUCUGCCACAGAAAGAGAGGCGACUGGCUUCAGGUGCAGCAUGACUGUGUGCGGGCGAUCGAAUGCGACAAGAAGUCAGUCAAGGCGCAUUACUAUUCGGGUAUGGCGCUGACUGAGCUUGCUCGCUAUCCCGAGGCAAUUGGUAUUCUUCAAAAGGCUGUGGAGAUGAUUCGCGAUGAUUCGGUGUUGGGGACCAGCAGAGGCAAUUUGAACGAUGUUUGGAGUGCCUUAGCUACUGCUAGGUACCGGCAGUGGGAAAUUGAGGCCUCUAUGAGAAAGAGGAAGAGUCAGCAGCUUAGGGCUUUUUUAGGGGAGUUGUUGAAGGAUCAAUUUCAGGCAGACAUGGUUGGGAUCACAGGCUCUUCGGCUCUCCCAUGCCACCAGAACGACCUUCAAACCUUAGAUGCCCUGCUGAAUCAGUUCUCUUCACCACCCUCCUCCUCCUCCCCUCGACAGUCACUUUCGUUAUUGUCACCCCCCAUAUCGCCGCCCCGUGCCUCCACGUCAGCAAUGAGACCAUCCACAUCAUCGAGGAAUGCAGCCAUGUCAGCAUCUGCAUCAGCAUCAGCAGCAGGAGCAGGGGCAGGGACAGGAGUGGAAGCAGGUGCAAGGGCAGCAGGAGGGAGGGUGGAAGGAGGAAGAGAAGCAGCAGCAGCAACAGCAGCAGCAGCAGGAGCAGCAGCAGGAGCAGCAGGAGGAGCAGCAGCAGGAGCAGAGGGAGGAAGAGGAGGAGGGGUGGGAGAAGUCGAGCAGGUGCCAGUGUCGCCGCAAAUGCCAGAAGGGGGGUACUUCUCCCACGGGCUCAGAGGGGCCUGUUGCCCGACGUUCACCCGAGCACCACACACCAGUGGGGAUGGUGUGGCAGUGCCAUCGACAGCAGCUGAAGCAGCAGCACCAUCAGCGCCAUCAGCGCCAUCAACACCAUCAGCACCAGCAGCACCAUCAGUAUCAGCAGCACCUGAUGCUGCAGCGCCUUCUGGAGCACAAGAACCAGCUCCAGAGCCGGCUCCAGAAGCAAUGAGUCGACUCAAUUAUCGACUCAUUACUUCUGGAGCACAAGAACCAGCUCCAGAGCCGGCUCCAGAAGCAAUGAGUCGACUCAAUUAUCGACUCCUUCCUUUGGGUGCACAAGAACCAGCUCCAGAGCCGGCUUCUCUACAGGUACCACCGAGUGGGGAAAGUAGCGUGAUUCCCCCUAGUGGGGAAAGUAGCGCCUCUUCUAGAGCACAGGAACAGGUUUCUUCUAGAGCAGGUGAAGCAGCAGCACCUGAUGUUGCAGCAGUGGCUUCUCUACAGAUGCCUCCUCAUGGGGAAAGUAGCGUGAUCCCCCCUAGUGGGGAAAGUAGCGCCUUUUCUAAAGCACAGGAACGGGCUUCUUCUACUGUAGAGAUCAGGGCAUCUGCUGCAGGACAAGAACGGGUUUCCCCUACUGUAGCAAGCCCAGCAUCUGUAACAGAUGCUGAAGCCCAGGAUAGCGCUCCUUCUCUUGAGUCGACUCAAAAUACAGAUUCUCAAGCCCAGGAUAGCGGACCUUCUACAGGAAUUGGUAGGGAAACUUUUGGAGGGCAAGGCGCUGUAUCCUCCCUAGUGUGUGAUGCAGUAUUAUCUACGGUUGGUGCUGAAGCAGUGGGUUUUGAUGGAACUGUGGCCGCGGUAGCAGCUCCAGACGCAGCAGCAGAAGAAGAAGCAGCAGCAGCAGCAGCAGCAGCAGCAGCAGCAACAGCAGUAGCAGCAGCAGGAGGAGGAGGAGGAGGAGGAGGAGCAGCAGCAGGAGGAGGAGGAGGAGGAGGAGGAGGAGGAGCAGCAGGAGGAGGAGGAGGAGGAGGAGGAGCAGCAGCAGGAGGAGGAGGAGGAGGAGGAGCAGCAGCAGGAGGAGGAGGAGGAGGAGGAGCAGCAGCAGGAGCAGUAGCAGAGGAUGCCACCGUUGUGGAAGAAGUGGGGUCUCUGCUCCUCCAAUCCUACAUUGAGAAGGCACACACGCUACAUGAUGUGUUUCGGCUGGCUGAGGCAGAGGACACGCCUGGAGAGAAGGCACACACGCUACAUGAUGUGUUUCGGCUGGCUGAGGCAGAGGACACGCCUGGAGAGCUACCAGAGCAUCUGUGCUGCCGCAUCAUGCUGGACAUGCUGCGAGAUCCUGUGACUACCCCGAGUGGAGUGACGUAUGAGAGAUCAGCGAUGGAGGAGCAUUUAAAAUCCGGCAACUUAUUUGAUCCGGUCACCAGGAAGCCUCUUUCAUCUCACGAGCUUAUUCCCAACCGGGGAGCGAGGGAUGCUGCUGAACAAUUUCUACACUCCCAUGGAUGGGCUUACAGGCCUUCGAAAUAGGCGUGCUUCGAAAUAGAUGGACUCAAAAUCAGUUUCUACCCUUCCAUGGAUGGGCUUAUCGGCCUUCGAAAUAAGUUUGUGAAUUUAUCCUAGCAUUUUAUGUGUGGACCGUGGCCUAGAUUGCACAUGAUCUGGGCAUCAUGUGUAUUUGCUUGCGGAAGAUGUUUUCAUCUCAAAAUUGUGAUAUUGUAACAAAGGCAUG